AUGGAAGAAAUAAAAGAAGAAAACAGAGUCCUGAAGAAAUCCGUUGCCACUUUGGAACAAAGAUUAAGAAAUAUGGAGCAGUAUUCUAGACAGACCAACAUUGAAAUUAACGGUGUCCCAGAAACAAACGGAGAGCAUAUGGAGGAGUUACUAAAGGAUGUUGCGAGCUCAAUCGGUCUGGAACUGAAGAAGGAGAGGGUGAUCGCAGCUCUCAGGGUGCCAACAUUCAGCCGAAACAGAACACCGCCGAUCAUCGUGAAGUUCACGACGAGGCAGGACCGGGAUGACUGGCUCCAAGCCUUCAAUGAGGUACGACCAAUAACGGCGGACAAGAUCAAUCGGCACUUCAAUAAGGACAAGAUCUUCAUAAACGAGCACCUGUCACCUGAAAAUAAACAGCUUCUAGGCAGAGUCAAGGAGGCAGCACGGUCCAAGGGAUACAAGUAUGUGUGGAGCAGGGAGGGAAAGAUUUUUGUGAGGAGGGAAAAUGGAGAGAAGUGCAUCAGGAUCGAUGAUUCGGACGACUUGGGGAAGCUGUAA